GCCGCGGCUGCUCAUCGGGAGGGGGAACGGGAGCGCCUGGUGUCGGCUGUACAACCCCGCUGGGUCCACUAUGCCCCCAGUACAACCCAGUGCAGCCCAGUACGCAUUAACCCUCAUCCUCCGAGGACUCCCCUCUGUGCCUUGGUUAAUGGGGGCAGUGCCCAGGAGACCCCACAGCAGGACCCCACACACAGACCAGAUGUCCCACCGCAGGGGUAUCCCGUGCCCCCCAUCUCCAGCCCCCUCCAUCCUAGCCAAGGGGGGGAGCAAGCGGCUGCACUGAGUCAUCCCUGGCCUCGCCGCCUCCAUCCGGGCCUCCUCCAUCCUGCACCAGCACACGCCAUGGCCCCGACCCUGCUGCUGCUGGUGGGGCUUCUGGCCUUCCCUGGCACAGUCUCAUUCCCGCUGCGCCUGGCUGGGGGCCCUGGGCGCUGUGCGGGGCGCGUGGAGCUGCUGCACGCCGGGAGCUGGGGCACGAUCUGCGACGACGACUGGGGACUGCCGGACGCGGCGGUGGUCUGCAGGCAGCUGGGCUGUGGGACUGCGUUGGCUGCCCCAUCGGGAGCCUGGUUUGGGGAAGGCUCCGGCCCCAUUUGGCUCAACCACGUGCGGUGCAGCGGCGAUGAGCAGCGCCUUGUCCAGUGCCGGCACCGGGGGUGGCACAGCCAUGUCUGCGCCCACGAGGAGGAUGCCAGCGUUGUGUGCUCAGCUCAUCCCCUGCUGUCGCCUGGAACCACGGAGCCCACUGGCACUGCUGGCAGCACCCCAACAGAUGCAGCAGAGUUGGUGCCAGCAGCAAUGUGGGUGCCCUAUUCCCCAGCCCCAUACCCACUGCGUCUGGCUGGGGGCCCUGGGCGCUGCGCGGGGCGCGUGGAGCUGCUGCACACCGGGUGCUGGGGCACAGUCUGUGAUGAUGGCUGGGGGCUGCCGGAUGCGGCCGUGGUCUGCAGGCAGCUGGGCUGUGGAGCUGCGCUGGUUGCACCUGGUGGGGCGUUUUUUGGUGAGGGCACCGGCCCCAUCUGGAUGGACAAUGUGAGGUGCUGGGGGAACGAGUCAGCAUUGCUGCAGUGCCCAGCUGCACCAUUGGGCAUCACCGACUGCCACCACCGGGAGGAUGCAUCUGUCAUUUGUGCAGAUGAGCUGACUGGGGUAGACCCCAUGCAGCCCCCUCCCGAACAGCUGCCCACCAGGUCACUGCUGGUGCCCCCUUCUGCUGUGCCGCAUGUGAGUGUCCGGCCCCACAGCACCACCUCCCCUCAGCCUACACCAAGCAGCUGGCCCAUAGCAGGGACGUCACAGACAGCCCUGUUCCUGCUGCGUCUGGCUGGGGGCCCUGGGCGCUGUGCAGGGCGCGUGGAGCUGCUGCAUGCUGGGAGCUGGGGCACGGUCUGUGAUGAUGGCUGGGGCCUGCUGGAUGCGGCUGUGGUCUGCAGGCAGCUGGGCUGUGGGGCCGCACGCAAAGCCCUCCGCAGCGCCCACUUUGGCCCUGGCAUUGGCCCCAUAUGGCUGGAUGACGUGAAGUGCAGUGGGACAGAGGCUGCACUGUGGCACUGCCCAGCUGGGCCUUGGGGCAGGCACAACUGUGACCACCAAGAGGACGCCGCUGUCAUCUGCACAGGGCCAGAAGACUUGUCACCUGUGGCGACCUCCUCAUCUCCCCCAGGAUGGGGUCCAGCCAGUACCAUCCCUCGACGUCCUCUAGGACAGAUUCUGACCACAAUCAUUCCCAUGCAUCCCCAGAGACAGGAUCCAACUGUGAGUGUCACUAGAACCAGUGCAAGAGCCACAGGACAGGAUCUACACACCAGUGUCCCCAGCACUACCUCACGAUCCUCAGGAGAGGAUCCUACCACCAGUGUCUCCAGCACCAUGACACGAUCUGCAGGACAGGGUCGAGUCAGUGCCACCUCAACCAAAGCAGGGCGAGAUCCCAUCCGUAUCAUCAGGAUCACCCGACUCAAAGCAGAACAGGAUCCAGCUGGCAUCAUCCAGAGCACCAAGCCCAAGGCAGUUGGCGUCACCAGGCUGAAGGCAGGACGGGAGACUGGUGGCCCCACCAGGUCCAAAGUGGGAUGGGAUCCAGCUGGCACCAACAGGUCCAAGGUGGGACGGGAUUCAGUUGGCAUCAACAAGACCAAAGUGGGACUGGAUCUGGUUGGCACCAACAGGUCCAAGGUGGGACGGGAUUCUGUUAGCAUCAACAAGACCAAAGUGAGAUUGGAUCCAGUUGGUAUCAACAGGUCCAGGGCAGGACAGGAUUCUGUUGGCAUCAACAAGACCAAAGUGAGAUUGGAUCCAGCUGGUACCAACAGGUCAAAGGUGGGACGGGAUUCUGUUGGCAUCAACAAAAUCAAAGCAGGACAGCAUCUGGUGGGCAUCAACAAGACCAAAGCAGGACGGGAUCCGGCUGGCAUCAACAAGACCAAAGCAGGACAGGAUCCAGCUGGCAGUAACAGGUCCAAGACAGGAUGGGAUCCAGCUGGCACCGUCCGCAUCACUCGACCCAAAGUGGGACGGGAUCCGCUUGGUACCAUGUGGAUUGCCCAUCCCAAAGCAGAGCGGGUUGUUGUGGGAGCCAACCAGAGCACCAGGCCUUGGGUUUUGGUGGGGACCACACCAGGCACCAAGCCUCAAGCAGGACAGGUUCCGGUUGGUUCCACCAGGAGCACCCAGGGGCUGGCAGGAUGGGAUGCUGUUAGUGCUACCCAACGCAAUAUGGGACAGGAGACUGCUGGUGUCACACAGAGCACCAGGUCUAAUGCAGAGCAGGACUUAGCCCUUACCACGAAGCUCCAGGCAAGUGCUGCCAUAUGGAGUAACCGCAGCCUGAGAGAGCCAGGUCCAGGGGAUCCCAUGGGGAGCACACUUCCUGUAGUAGUAGCAGCAGAUCCAGAAGGUACCACGAAGAGUGAAGCUCCUACAGGAGAACCAAGUCUGGAAGGGACCUCUUGGGUUUCACAUCCCUCAGCAGAACUGGGUUCUGAAGGUCCCGUAAGGAGCACUCAACAUGCAGCAGAACUAGGUCCUGAACGAACCAUGUGGAGCAUAUAUCCCACAGCAGAGCCAGCUCCAGAAGGUACCGUGAAAAGCACAGAUCCUAUGACAGAACUGAGUCCAGAAGGUACUGUGAGCAUGCAUCCUCUAACAGAACUGGACCCAGAUGGUAACAUAGGAGGUGCACAUACUUCAGUAGAACCAGACCCUAGAGGUGGCAUGAAUAACACAGGUCCUACAGCAGGACUGAAUCCAGAUGCUAUCACAGGGAGCACAUAUCCCACAGCAGAACUAGGUCCAGAUCGUACCAUGGGGAGCACACAUCCUGCAACAGAACCAGGUCCAGAAGGUACCGUGGGGAGCACAGGUCCUACAGCAGGACUGGUUCCAGAUGGUAUCAUGGGGAGCACAUAUCCCACAACAGAACUAGGUCCAGAUCGUACCAUGGGGAGCACACAUCCUGCAACAGAACCAGGUCCAAGAGGUACCAUGAGGAGCACAGGUCCUACAGCAGAAUCAGUUCUAGAAGGGACCACAGCAGAACUGGGUCCAGAUGUUACCAUGAGGAGCACGAGUCCUGCAGCAGAACUUGAUCCAGAAAAUACUGUGUGGACCACACAUCUUCUAGAAGAGCUGGGUCCAGAUGUUACCACGAGGAGCACAAGUCCUGCAGCAGAACUGGGUCCAGAUGUUACCAUGAGGAGCACAAGUCCUGCAGCAGAACUGGGUCCAGAUGUUACCACGAGGAGCUCAAGUCCUGCAGCAGAACUGGGUCCAGAUGUUACCAUGAGGAGCUCAAGUCCUGCAGCAGAACUGGGUCCAGAUGUUACCAUGAGGAGCUCAAGUCCUGCAGCAGAACUGGGUCCAGAUGUUACCAUGAGAAGCAGACAUCCUGCAGCAGAACUGGGUCCAGAUGUUACCAUGAGGAGCACAAGUCCUGCAGCAGAACUGGGUCCAGAUGUUACCAUGAGGAGCUCAAGUCCUGCAGCAGAACUGGGUCCAGAUGUUACCAUGAGGAGCAGACAUCCUGCAGCAGAACUGGGUCCAGAUGUUACCAUGAGGAGCAGACAUCCUGCAGCAGAACUGGGUCCAGAUGUUACCAUGAGGAGCAGACAUCCUGCAGCAGAACUGGGUCCAGAUGUUACCAUGAGGAGCAGACAUCCUGCAGCAGAACUGGGUCCAGAUGUUACCAUGAGGAGCACAAGUCCUGCAGCAGAACUGGGUCCAGAUGUUACCACGAGGAGCUCAAGUCCUGCAGCAGAACUGGGUCCAGAUGUUACGAGGAGCUCAAGUCCUGCAGCAGAACUGGGUCCAGAUGUUACCAUGAGGAGCAGACAUCCUGCAGCAGAACUGGAUCCAGAUGUUACCAUGAGGAGCACAAGUCCUGCAGCAGAACUGGGUCCAGAUGUUAUCAUGAGGAGCAGACAUCCUGCAGCAGAACUGGGUCCAGAUGUUACCAUGAGGAGCAGACAUCCUGCAGCAGAACUUGAUCCAGAAAGUACUGUAUGGACCACACAUCUUCCAGAAGAACUUGAUCCAGAUGGUACUAUGCAGAGUGCACAUUCUUCAGCAGAAUUGAGCUUGGGUGUUAGCAUAUGGAGUGCAUAUCCCACAGCAGGUAUUUCUACCUGGAGCACACGUUCUGCACCCAAAUCUGAUGCAGAAGGUACUGCAUGGGACACUCAUUCUUCAGCCGAUUUUGAUCUAGAUGGUACUGUGAGAAGCAAACAUCCUUCAGCAGAAAAAAAUCUCAAAGGCACAAUGGAGAGUAAAUAUAUUGCAGCAGAAACAAGUCUAAGAGAUCCCACGUGGAGGACUCAUCCCACAGAAGAACUAGCAUCAGAUGGAAUCAGGAGGAGAACACUUCCCACAGCAGAAUCAGGUGCUGGUCCAAUGGGAAUCUCUGCUCUGCCCACUAGAGUUUCAUCACCCUCUCCAUCUCUGGGCUCCACCCAGGGGCUGGCUGUCUCUCCUGCCAUUGCUGUUCAACUGAGUCCAGUCUCUGGCACCCACUCACAGCACCUCACAGAGGUCCCCAGUACCCAGAGACCCUCAGAACCUACCCAGUACCCUGAGAUCCCCAACACCCAGGGACACCCAGCAUCCAUCCAACACCCUCCAGAGAGCCCCACUGCCUCGAUAGAGCUUGUGCUUUCCCAACAUCCCCCUGCAGAGCCCUCUGGUUUCUCGACACCCCCAGACCUCUUUAUCCAGACACCAUCAAGGGACCCCAGCCCUCAGAGCCCCCCAGUACUCACUGUGCGCCCCAUAGAUCCCACCAGCCCUUACAUGAAUGCUGCUAAUUUCAAGCACACCAUGGAUAUCCCCAGACCCCAAAGCCUCCCAGCACCCUCUGAGGACUCCGUUAAACCUCUCAGUACCCAGAAACCCCCAGUAUCUGCCCAGCAUCCCACAGAGACCCUCAGCUCCAAGAGUCCCUCAGCACUCUCCCAAUAUCUAACAGAGAUCUUCAGCACACAGGUCCCCCCAGCACCCACCCAACACCCCAUGGAAACCUCUGUUAGUCAGCCCCCUGUAGCACCCACUGAACAAUCCACUGAGAUCUUCAGCACCCAGAGGCCCCCUGCAUUGCCCCAGCACUCCACAGAACCCCCCAGCACCCAGAGGCCUCCAUCAACACUACAACACCCUAUGAAUACCUUUGGCACCCAGAACCCUCCAGCAUCCCUUAAGCAUCCCAUGAAGUUGCUCAGCACUCAGACCUCCCCCAUAUCCCACCAACACCCCAAAGAGCCCCGCAGCACCCAGACACCCCCAGGAUCCUUUAAGCACCUCACAGAUCCCCCCAGCACCCAGAUUCCCUCAGCACCUGUCCAGCAUCCACUGGAGACUUUCAGCACUCAGACUCCCCAAGCACCCCUCCGGCACCCCAUUAAGUUUUUCAGCACCCAGACCCCCCCAGCACCCACAGAGACUCUCCGCACCCAUUCUGCAAGCUCUGUACUGCCUGGACCCCCAUGUGCAGGUCCAGCCCAACCAGCACCACCGGUGCCAACACUCUCUGCACUAUGGGAUCGGGGGGGAUCCUGUGUGGCCCCUGCCCUGAGGGCGCUGCUGUGGGAGGUGCGGGAGCUGCGGGGGCAACUGCGGGCCCUGGCCCGCAACCAGCGGCGAGGAGCUCAGCGCCUGGAGGCCGUCACCCGCCGCCUGGGCAGGCUGGCUGCUGUGGGGCAGCACAUCCUGGAGGACCCCCCCAGGCUGUACGGGGGUGUGGGCAUCCAGAGAGGGGCCUUGCACAGGAGGCAAGGGAAAUAAAGCUGGGCUGGUUCACCA